GUGCUGUCUACAGAAGUCCCAUCGGCUCCUCCAGCCAUGCAUCUUUCCAGGACGACAUGGUAGUACUCCUUCUCGGCACCAAUGCCCAAGGGGUCACAGUACUAUCUGCACUGGUGCGUGAAGCUACGUUCAUCUCUCGAUCCUAUGGUUUCCCUCCAUCAUAAGCCUAUCAACGAUGUCCAUUCCGCAGCCUGUCUUGUUUCCGAAAUCGCUUCGACUAUCUCAGUCUCGUCCUGGCAACCUUGCCCCGCGUUUCUGCUUCGAGCUGACUCUCCGCAGGUCAAUCACAUCUCGCAAUUCCGACGACUACGUCCUCAUGCCGCCUCGAUCGAACCGCUCAUGGAUAUCUGGUUAUCCAAGGCACAAAAGGCAAAGGGUCCUACCCUGAGCCAUACCAGCGUUCCUGGGAUGGUAAAGCCUGUGGUCGGGGUCUCACGUACCGAUGCCGAUCACUCGACGCACCCGCCCUCGAUACUGGCUUCACAAGGCCUUCACACAGCAUCUGCCCCCAUCCGAAUGCCAUCAAAUCCACAUGUCGGAGCGGUAGAACUGGAGGGAAUUUCGGCUCCGGGUGCUCCGAGCGCGAGCCGAUCUCGUGACACGACGCCCCCAGUACAUAGUUCCACACCGAAAGCGCCAAGAAGCAUUCAUUCGUCAUCUGCGAGCGAGCACGGGACCAUAAUUCCCGAGAGCUCGGCUAGAUCACAUGGCAUCGAUCCAAUUGGCGACCUGCAUUCUACAUACAAGAACUCGUCAAGUCCAAUCAAACUCCCCGCGAUGCCUGCUUCUCGAUCUUCGCAGAUCCAGGACGCCCUUCCCACAGUAUCUGCCGCCGCUUUCGUCUCCGGUCCCUCCUCGUCCGGCCCCUCCUCGAGCACCUCACGAUUGCCGCCGCCUUUGUCUGGCACCUCUUUCAAUCGUGACAAAGCCAAAAGGCCUCGCCCGGCGAGUUCACAUUGGCUUCCCAGGGUUCCACCAUCGGUCAUUGCAUCAUCACAUGACGAGAUGGGCUCAGAGCUUCUAGAAGCAACGCCUACCGAAGGUGAAUCAGGUGGAAUGCCUGCAGAGAUAGGUUCGGUACCCGCAGAGAUCGCUCCAGUGGCUACCAUAGCUGCAAUGUCAUCUUCCGUGUCGCUUGGGAAGCGGCCUCGACAUGCGGACACACCUGGUCCGGAUGUUGACGAAACCCGAGGAACGGAUGUAAAAAUCAGCACAUGGGCCACCGGCAUGGCGAAGUCCACGGCAGAUCGCAACACGAAAUAUCGCGGGAAUCUUGAAAGUCGAAGACAGCCAGUGAGUCAACACACCAGGGCCGGCGCUGGCUCAGUUUUGUGACCCAAUUUUCCCACCAAUGGGCGGCCUGGCUAAAUACCAUGAGCCAAACUCCCGCCAGGGAGCUUGGAAACGGACAAAGCUCCAUUCGCUUCCGAUGCUGAUUGCUCUACAGAUCAUCGAUUUAGUUCUUGCAGUCCCGGCCUGUAUCCCACUGCUGGAACGAGCAGAUGCAGAUCCUGGAGCUUUGAAUUUGUUGCAAAAGCUGCGGG